UCGAUGUUGCUGAUAAGCAAUGAUCCCUUUAAAAGGCUGCGCCCCUAGGUCUGUCUGAUCAGAGACACACACAGAGAGAGGAGAACCUGCCUGAAUCUCUCUUUGCCUACAUCAAUGUCUACUGUCUGGGGUUUCCCGGAGCUAGCCCAUCGCCGGCUAGCCCGCUACAGGACGGGGCGAACGGCCAGCUGGCUCCUGCUCCUAACCCAGCUGAGCCUGGUUUGGGGGUCGGCAGCACAGCCGCUCGCAUCCCCGGACUCGGGCCCACACUUAGACUCGGGCUGGGAGCAGACGAUCCGCUUUCUGUACCUGUACACCGAGCACAGCAAGGGAGGCGCCAGCAGCUGGCAUUUACAGAUUAACCAGGACGGCACAGUGGGCGGCAGCGGGGAGCGGAGCCUAUACAGUCUCCUGGAGAUGAGGGCGGUAGCCCCGGGCGUAGUGGCCAUCAAAGGCUACCUGAGCGGCCGCUACCUGUGCAUGGAGAGGGACGGCAGGCUACUCGGAUCGCUGACCUACAAUGAAGCUGACUGCUCAUUUAAGGAGCGCUUGUUGUCUGGCACCUACAAUUUGUAUUGGUCGGAAAAGUACGGAGCUGCUGUGUCCCUGAGCAACAGGAGGCAGCGAGGCCACACAAGAGGCAGAGCAUUCCCUCCCUUGUCUCAGUUCCUGCCCAUCCGCAACACACAGCCUCUCCCCCAAGUCCCUGGGGACCAGUCCAGGGACACUCCUGAACUUGACUCACUGCCGUCUUCAGUGAUUCAGGUCAACAGCAUGGACCCCCUGGACUUCACGUACGAAGCCACAUGAACUGGGUGUAUUUCAGACCCAUGACUGCACUGCACUUUUCCUUUGGACUGAAUUGCUUUGUCCUCAGUUGUCCUGCUGUGUUGAAGAGGUGACAGACAGUGUUUGAUUGUGAGGACUCUCUUCGUCACUCUCGAGAUUAAAAAGAAACAGUUUGAGUGUCACCUUGAAUGAAUUGAUUCUUAUUAUAAAUAUGUAACUGCGAAGCAGGUGAAUUAUUGACUGAUUGUAGAUAGAGCAACAUUAGAGGCAAUGUUAUAGACUUGUGUAAAAUGCAACUCCACUGAGAGAACGGAUGCAGAGCAUAGGAACCCUGAUGUAUUAUAGAAAAUAGAAGGUUCAGGGUAAAACCAGAUGAAACAUGGAGAAAGUAGCAUUAACCUUAUUGUAAGAUUUAGGAUACAAGGUAAAUAGUAUAAAUCCCCAUUCUAUUGAGAAUAGAGGGAUCUGUGUAUAUCCUUAUCAUGAGAUGCAGGACAAAAGAAACUAAGUAGGAAGAACAAUUAUAGGUUCAGUUGAACAGGAAGGGUUUAGAGGGACAUGAGCCAAAUGCUGGUAAAUGGGACUAGAUUAAUUUAGGAUAUCUGGUCAGCGUGGAUGAGUUGGACCAAAGGGCCUGUUUUGAUUUUUCCAUCUCUAUGACUCUUGUCUCCUAUAUGAGAGGAUAGAAUGCAGUUUAAACUAUCUUUAUUUAAGAAAGAAGUUUGGAGAUAGAGAUUUGAAUUACACCUGAGGAGCUAGGGUCCAGUUAAAACCUUUAUAGGAAGAGGAUUUGGAAGCAAAAUUUAACAUUUUUCAACUAAUUGCUGAGCUCGAUUUAAAUUGUGUCCUGCUUGAGUUGAUGAAGAAGACAAUUUAUGCGCUAUCAGCUCAUUAAGAUGAGGCUUCUGGGGGCUGAUAUUCAGGAUGAAAUGUACAACUCCAGUGCACCAUUGGAAGAGAGGGUUCCAAAUGUUACAGAUCUGGUCCCAUUACUAGGACAAUCACAAAAUAACUCUCGAAACAAAAAAAGUUCAUAAACUGGAACUGUAGUACCAAAUAUGCAUCAAGUAUUUGUUGUUGCAAAAUGUACAAGUUUGUCCUGUUGAAUUUGAAGGAGUUUAGCAUGAAGGAAGUUGAUUGCAAAUUCACAUAAACAAGCACUUGACCAAUUUGAAGGUAUUUAUAAUUAACUUAUUGCAUACAGUGGUUCCUUCUAUUUUGCUAUUAUAUUUAUGUACAUAUAUUUAUACAAUUUUCCACUUUUUUGUAAUUCAGUUCAAAUGAACCCGUGUUCAUAGAAAGCUAAUUUUUUUCUGUUUGAAUGAUUAAUGAAUUAAAGCAAACAAAUUAUUUGAAGGUAAAUGUUAAGGCUUGAAUGGUAUGUAAUUAAUUGACCAUUUUAGUAGGCAAAAUAUAGCUGGUGUCAACAGAUGAAAUAAAUCUGCCAGGUUUUCAUAGUUUUUAUUU